GCCUGUUUAUUUGAAUCUGAGAGGUGGUGUUUGGAACCCGGAGGAUUUGGGACCCCGGAGUGUAUGAGAACAUGUGCAGUAAUGUCAUCUCAAAAGAAAGUUAACUCUUGGGCACGAAAGAGGACUUCACAGGAUAGUAGUAGCUAUCAGACUAGACUCUCAGCCUGGAGAGUAAAAGAGGACCUAAAUGACUCAAAGAGCAUCUCAGAAUGUGGACAGAACAAUACUGUGGAAGAUUGUGAAGGUGCUGAUGGUCAAACAGAAAACGCUCUGCAGAUAGCAUUGAGAUACUUUGAGAAAGGUCCCAUUAAAACUUCACAGAAUAAAGAGAAACACUUGAAAACUGUGGAAAACGUGGCAUGGAAGAAUGGGUUAGCUCCAGAAGGAAUUGACAUUCUAUUAAGUGUGGCACUCAGUGGCAAAUUUGGGAGUGCUGUAAGCACUCGGAUAUUCAAGUGUAUGAUUCCAGCAACUCUAAUAUCAGAAGAUUCUGUGGUUAAGGCGGUCUCCUGGCUUUGUGCUGGCAAGUGUUCUGGUAGCACCAAGGUGCUUUUUUAUCGUUGGCUGGUUGCAAUGUUUGACUUCAUUGAUCACAAGGAGCAAAUUAACUUGCUCUAUGGCUUCUUUUUUGCUUCAUUGCAAGAUGAUGCACUGUGCCCUUAUGUCUGCCAUUUGUUAUAUUUACUUACCAAAAAAGAGAAUGUCAAACCAUUUCGUGUGAGAAAACUGCUUGAUCUUCAGGCCAAAAUGGGAAUGCAGCCUCAUCUCCAGGCUUUGUUGUCACUGUAUAAAUUCUUUGUUCCUACUUUGAUUUCUGUAUCUUUGCCUAUGAAAAAGAAGAUUUAUUUUAAGAAUUCAGAGAAUCUGUGGCAGACCGCUCUACUUGCUCUGAGGUCAAGGAAUCAAGGAUUUCCUUCAGAACCUCUAAAGUUGAUGUUAGCUAAUGUCUAUCCUAUAAAAAGAAAAUGGAAUUCUCACUCAAUUAUACCAGUGCUAAAUUCCUGUAACUACAGUAAAGAAAGUAGAAAAAAAAGGAUGAAUCUUUCUGAUUACUUCAGUAGCAAUGGAUCAUUUCCACUGGAACAGCUUAAAAGCUUCCCUCAACUCUUACAGAACAUUCAUUGCUUAGAGCUGCCUUCUCAGAUGGGCGCAGUACUGAACAGCUCUCUGCUACUUCACUAUAUUAACUGUGUCAGAGAUGAGUCGCUCUUACUGAGGCUCUAUCACUGGUUGAGUCAAACAUUACAAGAAGAGUGUAUUUGGUACAAGGUGAAUAAUUAUGAUCAUGGAAAAGAAUUUGCCAACUUCCUGGACACUAUCCUCAGGGCAGAAUGCUUCUUACAAGAGGGGUUUUAUUCCUGUGAAGCAUUCCUGUAUAAGAGCCUUCCUCUCUGGGAUGGCCUCUGUUGUCGAUCACAGUUCCUUCAACUUGUGAGCUGGAUUCCUUUUAGUAGCUUCUCUGAGGUGAAGCCACUUCUUUUUGACCAUCUUUCACGGCUUUUCUUUACAUCAUCUAUUUUUUUCAAGUGUAGUGUUCUUCAGUGUCUGAAAGAACUACUGCAGAAUUGGCUGCUGUGGCUUUCUAUGGACGUCCACGUGAAAUCUGUGAGGAACAGUCCUCUAGAGACAACUUUAGGUGGAUCCAUGAACUCUGUGUCUGAACUGAUUCACUACGUAGGAUGGCUGUCCACUACUGCAGUUCGCUUGGAAAGCAACCGUACUUUCUUGCUGCACUUUAUUUUGGAUUUCUAUGAGAAGGUGUGUGACAUAUAUAUAAAUUACAACCUUCCAUUAGUGGUUUUGUUUCCUCCUGGGGUCUUCUAUCCUGUACUCCUCAGCCUGGAUUCCAGUAUCCUGAAUCAACUCUGUUACAUUAUGGACAGGUAUCAUAAAAAUUUGACUGCUGCAAAGAAAAAUGAGUUUGUACACAAGACAAAAUCAGAGUUCAGCUUCAGCAGCAAGACCUAUCAAGAAUUUAAUCAGUAUUUGACAGCCAUGGUUGGUUGUCUGUGGACAUCCAAACCCUUCCAGAAAGGAUUAUAUAUUGACCCUGAAGUCUUAGGAAAUGCUUCAGUAGCAGAGUAUAAAAAAAGUUUAAAUUUAGUCCAUCAUCCUGCUUUUUUGAGUUAUACUGUUUCCUUUCUGCUACAGGAAUGCCCAGAAGAAAGGAAAGUAAACAUGAGCUCUAUUCGGGGGAAGAAAUGGAACUGGUAUUUGGACUAUUUAUUUUCAGAGGGGUUACACGGCUUGAAACACUUCAUAAGAAGUAGUAUUCAUCGUUCUUCUGUCCCCUGAGCAGAGAGCAUAAACCACCUGAUCAACAUUUUUUUUAAUGUUUCAUGUCAUGGAUAUUUUUAAAAGGCUGCUGUUAGCAGUCAUGUAAUAGAACAGACGUGGGGUUGGGGUCAAGCCAACCUAGGUUUGAAUCUUAUAUAUGCCACUCACUAGUUUUGAGACUGUGUUCUGAGUUUUUUUUUGUUUAGUGCCUUAAAAUAAUAGCAAUCAUUUUUUAUUAAUAUUUCUAUUUCUAGGAGGCAGGAAUUUGGGGAGAGCUUCAACUGGGUGAUUCUGCCUCAGGGUCUCUCCCAAACUUGUCGUCGGGUGGAUGGAGAGCUAGAACUCUGGAGGCUGGCUGAGUUAAUCUCCCCCUCUUCUUAGAGUCUCAAGGCUUCUUCUUCAUGUGGUCUUUCCAUGUGGCUCACUUGGGCUUCCUUACAGCAUGGUGGCCUCAGGACAACUGGAUGCUUCUGUGGUGGCUUGGGGCUCCAGGCAGGCAGAUGUCUCAGGGACAAGAAACAUCACCUUUUCUGAUGCAGCCUUGGAGGUCAUGCACUCUCAGUUCCUUCAUACUCUCUUGGUCACAAGCAAAUCACAUACUUCCCCGAGUUCAAGGGGAGGGGUAUUAGACUCCACCUCAUGAUGGGAAAUGGCAGAGUUCUUGAGUAGAGUUGGCAAAUUAUGACCCUUGGAUGAAAUCAGGCUCCCUCUCCAGGGCAGUCGCGUCUGGGCAUUUACGUCUUGUCUCUGGCUUUGCCACAACGGAAAAGUUUCCUGACCCCUAUUCUAGAAGACCAUGUUGGAUGAGUGAUACUAUUUUAGCCACCAUUGGCUUCAGGCAGGUUACAAGCCUCUGAAAUUUACCACGGUCUCCAAAUCUGGCACCAGACUAGAUAACUGAGACAUCUGGUUGCCAUGGAGAUGGCAUCUUUGGACCAUGUGUGUACAAGUGUAGCUUCAGAGUUUCUCAGGCCUUUUGCACAGGAGCAGAGGUACACCCAGCUUACUAGCUGCUCGUUCUUUGCUGUGGCUGCCAUCAGCUUUUGUAAAACUGAGAACAGGAUGAGUAUAGCCUUUGACUUUUCAUGUAGCAAACUGUUUGCAGGAGUUAACUGCUUUACAAAGUUGGCAACCACUUUUAGAAUCCCCAAUUGCUAGUUCAGGAGGAGAGUGGGCAUUGCUUAUGCACUUCUUAUAAAAAUGAAAAUCCAUGAAUUUUAUGAUUUAUGCUGUCUGACAGCAUUGAGUCAAAGGGGCUUUUUUUCCUUCUUCCACCUGAUCAACAUUAAAUGAAUGUUGACAGAAGCAAA